GAAGAGGGCUUUCCCAGACUUGUUCUCGGCCUUUGGGUGACGAAAUGUUUCUGCUGCCUUGCCGGUUGAAACAUUCAAUCCGUUCGCAGGAACAAUGCAAGAAUUGCCGCAGGUACGUACUCUCCUCCACAAAUCGCGGCCGACUUUCCUAAAGAAGAAAUUUUAAUAUGAUUCGAUUCCAGUUGACUUCUUCGGUACUGGUGAUGAUCCCCACAGACAUUUCAUGUCUUCCAGCUGGCAAGAUCGAACACAACAGGAACCUGGAAGGCUUGAGCAUUUGUGCGGUACCCGCAGUUAGGUUUUAACCAGCAAGGCUAGGACUCGUGCAAGCUCCCACUCUUUCUUCGAAAUCUUGUCGCCACACCCAGACCAAUGCCCAAUCCGGCCACAAAAACAAUCAUUGCAUGAAAGAGACUCGAACUACUAGCAGAGCCACCAAAUUCGAUGUCCACAUCCGUUUCUUGUUGUCGUCGUCUGGAGUGCUGAUGAUGACUUGGCUCUCUCAACAUGAACCCGGCGGCUCUACGCUUUUCCGCUCUUGCCUCUUGACGCUCUUUGCAGCUUGGACCACAGCGCUUUUCGUGUGGCUGUAGUUCCGAAUGAUUAGGCGGAUCGAUUUCUUUCUGCAGUAGCCGAGCCCAUUUUCCGCCAUUCGUAAGGUCCAUUCGGAUCUCAAGACCAGCUGGCAAUGUAUCGGUGUCUCCUACCUUUUGCCAUUCGUCAGUAGCAAUGAGCUCUUUUGCAUGGCCAUGGGCAAGGAGCAGCAACAACAGGAAGGGUGUCUUCAUCGUCUUGGCGCUGUCAAAGGCGGAAGGUUGAAGAGUGGAAUGUUGUCGGUUGUACGCAAACAAAAUUAGUAGCCAGCAGAGCCAAUAUUUUCUUCCACGAUGCGUUUCGGACAUCUUCGGAAAAAUCCGAAAUACAAAGUGUCUGUGCGUCUCCCUCCCCUCGACCAUCCAUUCAUUUUCCUUCGCCGCUCAAUUGCCCUCCAUCGUUGCCCUUCGGCUUCACUCACCCCCACUCUUUUCAAAGAACAUUAUAUUUUCAAGAAAACAGACGACAACCAUGACGGCUAGCAACAUUCCCAAGAAAUACAAGGACCUGCCCUUGGUCCCCGAGACUGUGCUGAAGAAGCGACAUGACUUGGACGAGCUUCGUCGCAAGAAGGCUGCAGCUCAAUUGGAAAAGGAUCAAACGGCCCCUGGAAUCAAGGCCAAGAAGAACAUUCCCAAGGCCAAGAAACCGACAGCCUUGGAAACUCUCGUGUCGCAAGGAAAAUCUCGCCGCAAUGGCCAAAAACGGUACAGUCGAGUACUGAAGAAGGGAAUGCAGACACGGGCAUCCAACAAGAAAACCGAAUCGACCAAAGAAGUGGAAUUGGAUAAUGACGAAGCAGAAGAAGAGACUGUUACGAAAACAAUCCGUUAUCAGAGCAACUCUGUGGGAGCGCCCAUGGUCUUUGUGAUUCGGGUACGGGAUCACCAUAGUGCCUCUUCCAUGGUCAAGAGGAUCCUCAGCCGUCUUCGCUUGCGCCAUAUCAACGAAGGCGUCUUUGUGCGAUACGACGAGAGUCACAAGAAAAUGUUGCAUUUGGUGGAACCCUGGGUCAUCUAUGGACCUCCCGUCAAGGGCGUGGUGGAAGAUUUGAUUGAACGACGUGGAUUUGGAAAAAUUGACGGCAAGCGUGUGGCAUUGUCCGAUAACACCAUUAUUGAAAAUGCUCUGGGCGACGAUCAUGGCGUCAUUUGUUCCGAAGACUUGGUCCAUGAAAUUUUCGAGGCAGGAGACUCCUUCUUUCCCGUUACUAAGUUCUUGUGGCCGUUUCGUCUUUCCCACAAGACCACACAUUUUGAACGCGACACUCUCAAGUUCAAGCAAGGAAAAAACUUUGGUGAUCAAGGAGAAGAAAUCAAUGACAUUAUUCGACAAAUGCUGUAGACAUGUACAAUAUUGUUGGUAAAAAGAUGCUCGACUGGAGAGCUUCCAUUGCUUCAGAGCUGUUGCUGCCUCCUAAGGGUUAAAGUCAAGAAGUCGGGUACAAAGGAUGUUAGGCCAGUGCACUUGCACUUGUCUAGAUACAUGUAGCAGUAAUGCCAUAGUCCCCUACACGGAUGUUUC